AAGAGGCCGGUGUUGUAGAAUAUAGCGGCUACGUAAUUCGUCGGCGAUUGUAGUAAAUGUAUCUUCUUAGUAAUGUUAUAUCUAAGGAGAACUAAAUCCAUUUGGGGCCAUUUGAGGAAGAGGCCGGUGAAAAGAUGCACAUUAUGGUCAGGAGCGUCAGGUGUUGGAAGGCUGAACACCUGUGGGGUGCACACCUGGUCACCUCUGGCCGCUGCCUUCAACACCAAGCCAAAUAAGUUGCUGAGUCUUCACUUCUCCAAGAGCACAUCUGGAUUGUUUGGCUUAUCUGAACUCCAAGAACCAGAUGGAUUUUAUUUACUAAAAGAGAAUGCUAUCCGCGAGGCAGAGAAUUUAGUAGCAGAGUGCUGCUCGCCUAACAGGUCACGUAAGAUGGUUGAGGUGUUCGAUCACUUGUCAGAUGCUCUUUGUCGUGUGGCUGACCUGGCAGAGUUUAUUCGUAUGGCACAUCCUCAAGCACGUUAUUCAUUUUCUGCUGAGGACGUAUGUGUGGCCAUUGGUGGUCUUGUUGAACAGUUAAACACACACAGAAAAUUAUAUGAUUCCUUACGAGAAGUUGUUCAGCAUGGGGACAAGGUCCCCACUACAGAAGUUGAUAAACAUGUGGCAAGACUCUUCCUCUUUGAUUUUGAACAGUCAGGCAUCCAUUUGGAUGAGGACCAACGUCAACGAGUUGUGAGUCUUAAUGAAUCAAUACUCACACUUGGUCAACACUUUAUGAAUGGUUCUCUUCAACCCAGAGCUAUUCCCAAGGUUAAACUCCCAGAGAGUAUUAGGCAACAUUUUACCAUCGAUGGGGACAACGUUGUAGUAACAGGCUUGCAUGCAGAUGCUCAUACGGAGAUUACUCGCGAAGCUGCGUACAAGAUAUUCCUGCAUCCAGACCCUCAUCAGGAGGUUCUGCUCAUGGAGAUGAUAAACGGAAGACAUGAGAUGGCAACUAUAUGUGGAUUUCCCUCGUAUGCACACAGAGCUGUAAAUGGCAGUUUAGCAGAGACCCCUGAACUUGUGAUAGAUUUUUUGAAGCAUCUUGCUGACAAAGUAAGGCCCCGAGCACAGGAAGAUUUUGCUGAAAUGAAUGCUGUGAAAAAAGCCCAAUACAGCAGUUCAAGGGAUCUUGCUCCUUGGGAUGUUCCAUACUUCACUGGCCAAGUUAGACAAAACAAGUUCUUAGUUGGUGCAAAUGAUCUGAUGCCAUAUUUCUCUCUGGGAGCGGUCAUGGAGGGGCUGAACGGACUUCUUGUAAGUCUGUAUGAUGUGACGCUACAACUGGAAGAGCCACAGCCUGGAGAACUCUGGACAAGUGAUGUUUAUAAACUUGCAGUGAAGCACAACACAGAAGGAGUACUAGGCUAUAUAUAUUGUGAUUUUUAUGAGCGACCUGGAAAGGCUCAUCAAGAUUGCCAUUUUACCAUAAGAGGCGGCAAGUUAUUAGAGAAUGGCUCGUAUCAGGUGAGGAUCCUCAUGUGUUUGCAAUCUCUCCAUCACUGCUCCAUGCUUGCCAGGACCCAGUAUCAACAUGUCACUGGCACACGCUGUAGCACGGAUUUUGCUGAAGUUCCAUCAAUCCUCAUGGAGUUCUUUGCCAUGGAUCCACGAGUGCUCGGUACAUUUGCCCGACACUAUAAAACCGGGGAAGCUGUACCCCGUGAACUUCUUGAAAGAUUGGUUGCAUCCAAAUCUGUAUUUGCUGCUUCUGAAAUGCAGUUACAGACAUUCUACUCGCUGCUUGAUCAACGUUAUCACGGCGAAGAACGGUGGUCAUCAACAACUUCUACAACACACAUACUGGAGGAGGUUCAGAGCAAGUACUAUGGUCUUCCAUAUGUGCAAAACACAGCUUGGCAGCUGAGAUUUGGCCAUCUAGUGGGCUAUGGAGCAAAAUACUAUGCAUAUCUUGUUUCCCGAGCUGUGGCAUCUUGGAUAUGGCAGAAGUAUUUUUCAGAAGAUCCCUUCAGCAGAAAGAUGGGUGAAAAAUACCGCAAAGAAGUGCUUGCUCACGGAGGAGGGAAGCCGCCACGUGCCAUGGUGGGAGAGUUUCUGGGUCGAGAAGUGACAGCUGAAAGCAUGGUUGAUGCUCUUAUGAUGGACUUGGAUCAAAAGAAAUCAAAAGUAGAAUCUAAUAGAUUUUCAUAAUGAUGACUUUUACAUACUAUAUCAGAAAAUUUUAAUUAAGAUUUUUAAACAUUGUCAUCCUUAAUAGCAAACUGUCAGUUUAGAUUUUGUAGAGUUCAGUAUCUGUCAGUAUCAUUGUUAUAAGCAGAAUGCCUUCACAGAGCAAGGUGUGUGAUGGCAUGCACUUAUGUUCAUCUCAUGUCUUGUAGUUUAUGCACCUUUUCAGUGACGAAUCAGUGUUGCCACCAUGCACCUACACACACUUCUCAGAGGGCAAAUUGACUUGUCAAAUAUUUUUAAUUUUCUUUACAUUGUAAUGUAACAUUUAUUUUUAAAUUCCUUAACCCCUUCAAACUUUAUUUGACUCGUGUCACCGUGUACAAACCAUUGUUCUUUAAGAAGAAUAUAUUUUUUAAUUUCUAUGUAUAUACUUAUAUGCAUAAAUCCUGUACUAGAAAUUUCCAAGACCUGUUGCUGCGACGUAAAGGUGUAGUGCAGUAAAUAGGUAGUGGGGAGUUAAUUGUUGUGAGUUGCAUCCUGGGGAUCCUGAGGAAGGUCAGUAGCUGAUCUAGGGGGACAUAACUAAUCCAUAGACUUGUUCUUGACAAAAAUACUAUAUUUUAAACAUUUUACAAUAAACCCAAAUGGUCCCGAGGAUAAUAUUAAGAUAUCACUGUACUACUGAAGGAAUUUGCCUACAAUAUUUUCAUUAUUUUCAAACAAAUUACUAUUUACAGAAAAAUAAUGUAAAUACAGUACAUUAAAAAAAUACAAACAAUAAUGAAGAUGACUUCUUCAUAAUUUGAGGGUCUCGGUAGUACAGUUGGGUUUGUUCUCGACUCUCAGUUGAGGAUUCCAGGAGGGACAGAAAUGGUUGGGCGCAUUUCCUAUCGCCUAAUGGCCUGUUCACCUAGCAGUAAGUAGGUACCCAGGAGUGAGUCAGCUUGUUAUGGGGUUGCAUCCCGGGGAAUUCAGUAACUUGACCUUGGGGAUGGGGGGAGGGGGUUGACUGUAUAUUGCAAGGGAAGAAAAACUUCUAGUCCAACAAGCAUUCCCAAGGAUGUGUUGGGAUUCCCAUAAUGUGUGUGGGAGCACACAGCUCCACAUUGACUGGAUGUAAAAUGCAUACUAAGAAAAAUAUUAUCAAUGUUCCAGUGGGAAAAAAAUUCGGUAUACCAUUACAAAUCCUUGAAACAGAUGUCUCUUCUUGAUCUGAUGAUCUGACAAUAUGAUCUUAGUAACCCUAUACCAUGACACAAGUGUACCUAAAGCAUAGACUAUCAAAAAUACAAUCAGUAAGCAUAGGUGCUAAGGAGGUUUUAUUUCCUCAAUUUGUAUUGCAUUUCUAAUAAGAAAAGAAAUGAUCUUUCCAUAAACAUGAAAAUAAUCCAAAACAUAAAAAUGUUUUGGAUUGCAACCCCAAAGUAACUCGAUACCAGGUCACAAGUACUGUACUUUCAAAACGUAGAAUAUCAUAAAUACAACCUACUGUAUAAGCAUACAUUACUUGAGAAAAAAAAUCAUGUAUUUCAGUCAUAAAAAAAAAAGACUUGCUCCAUUUUCUCUCCCUGUAUUGAUUUUUUUCUCAUUUUUAUUUUAAGAUUUCUAGUAAGAAAAAUGAGAUGUUCUUCUCACUUAUCAUUUAAAGCACUCAUAAGAGUGACCAGGAAUAUAAAAAGUAGAAAACAUUUUUACACAAAUUGACAAAAACCUAUUACUGAGCUUGUAAUAUGGUAUACAAUAUACACAGUACUGUACAGUGCUUGUACAUGUGUCAUAAUGUACAAACCAUAAGGUAUUACAUCAUGCUUAAACAAAAUCAUAUACUGUAUAUGUGCAAAUGUGAUGGAGGACACUGGUGGCAUCACUUGGCAUGAUAUUUCUUUCAGUCGUAGACAUAUGGUGGCACCAAAUAUACUGAAUUGGGUCCAAGCAGCAGUUUUAAAGGCUAAAGGACGUGGUUGAAAAUUUUUGCAGAGAAUGACCAGUAACAUUUUGUUGUCUAGAGCUGUCAUAGCUCAAGGGUUUCAAUAAAGGCUAUGUCAGUUCAUGUCAAGCAUUCAAUAAAGGCUAUGUCAUAGUUCAUGCCAAGCAAAGUAUUUGCUAGAUGAAUUGUUCUGGGUCAGAGAUUCUGCACAUUAAUUAGUCAGUUUGGAAAGUCUACCUAAAACUGGAGUCUCUGAAGUUGCAAUGUACUGUAUAUAGAUGCCAUAUUUAUUCAGUAAAGAUACUAUAAGAGGUAUAGUUUUCAUUCAUUGUGUUGUAUAUAAUGUAAUAAAUAAUUUACGUUAAACGUUUAAUUUUAUUAGCUUAGGGCUCCGGUUUAAUAAAACUAAAUGGACAUUGAGCAAAGUUAUUAUUUUCUGAAUAUUAUCAUUGGUGUAGAAAAUGUAAAUUUUCUUUCAGGGCCAAAUCAGUGCAUCUGCAUGACUUCUUUAUAACCCUUGUUUCUAGUAA